CUCUUCCUUUCCGCCACAGUAUGCUGCCUGCUCUAUAUGUGGCACAGGAUCCAGUCCAAAUGUUUUCCAUAUUAGUUCAGAGCCUUCUCUGUUUCCAAAUAGCAUCUAUGCCGGGCUGCGGUCAGAGGAGGCCUGGGAAGGGAGGGAAAGGGAGGCAGAGAGAGAGAGAGAAAGAGAGAGACGGCAGGCAGGCUCAUCCACCUCAAAAACGGCAACGAUAGUAGUCGAGAGUUAAGGGAAAAGAGUUCAAAGAAAAGUGGAGACAUGGGGCAGGGGCAGAAAGGUUCCUCAGACCAGAAAGAGGGCAAGAAGAAGUGGGAUGAAAGCCCAGCGUCGGAGGACGGACACAAAUGCAGAGUCUGUCGCUUCCCUCUGCUCAUCGCCCUGCUCCAGCUGCUGUUGGGGGCGGCCGUCACGGCGGUGGCCUUCUUUAUGUUGGUCGUCAGCCCCUCACUGCUGACCAGAGAGACGCCGUACUGGGCUGGAAUCAUUCUGUGUUUAGUUUCCAUCCCGGGCUUUAUCCUGUACUGUGUCACCUACCUCCCCGACGAGAGGACGUCUAUUCAAUUCAUUGUCAAGAUCCUGUACUUCGCCCUGUCCGCAAUUGGGCUGGUCACGUCAGUUGUGGCCAUGUCGUUUGCCGGACACCACCACUCACAGACCAGUGGCUUCACCUGCCAGCAGGUCAGGAUGGACUGUGUGUGCAAACUGGAUCAAAUGGACCCAAUAGCCCGCACCUUCACCUACCAGGACGUCAGCGACUGCGAGGGAGUCACCGGGACGCUGGUGCUCUACUGCCUGCUCCAGAUCGUGCUGAACCUGGCCCAGGCGCUGGUGUGCGCGCUGGGGGCCUUCGUCAUGUGGAAGCACCGUUACCAGGUCUUUUUCGCCGGCCUUCAGAUUGGCUCUCACGCUUCCAGGUAGUGGCAGAAGGUUUAACAAGCGUGGAUGGGAUGCAGAGGAUCAGAGGGUCAGAGGGCGCAGGCAGCAGUGAGAGUACACCGAUCGACGAGUUGCCUUUGUGGUUUUUGCCAAACGUGUCUUUUCUCAGAUGUCAAAUGAACCUUUUUGUGAUAGUUGUUAUAAAGUGGCUUUUUGCACAGGUUUUGUAUGCCAUGCUUAUGUAUACUUCCAUUCUCAGUUGUUAUAAAAGAAGAUUAACAGCAGCAAAACAGCUGGUUUUUCGAGAUAAUAUCUGCAGCAAUAGGAUUUUUCCACAAUGUUUGUUAUCUGCUCUAGUUAUUUACUGUGCAGACAUACAGCUCAUUUACAAUCAUAAACACAACACUGAAACCAAAGCAGCUGAGUGGUACUUUUUUUCCACAAUACAAAAUUAAAUAAAUGUCUCAAGGCAACAGUAAAUAUACUUUUGACCGAGUAAAAAUACGUACUUCUAAAAGUCACCAGGCUGAUUGACUCCACGGGUUUGGUUUCUCUUGCUAGAACACGGAGCUAUUCUGUGAAUAUUGCAUAAAAUCCUUAAUGAAAAACAGGUGUUUUUUCAGGUGAUAAAACUAACCCCUGUAAUAAUCCAAACAAUGAUAAUAAAACAUGUAGUAAUAAUAAUAAUACAGCAGCACAAGCUGCAGGGUCCUCGUCAUGAGACUGGCUCCACACUGAAAGGGUCUCUGGCGUGAAGGUGGAAGCCAGGAGAGCAGCCAGCGUGACUCAAGCAGCCUAUUGGGAGUCACAAAGUGAGGGGGGGUGUAAGGGUUUGGGGGGGGAGAAAAGGGGCACUCAGACAGGCAGCUGGAUGGAGGUAACUGAACCACCUCACCGUGUUUACGUUUCUGUUGUUUGCAUGCAGUUAGGAAAGAGCUAAAUAGAGGAUGUUCGUAUUUUCAAAACGCUGCGUAGACACGUACGUGAGUUACCUGCGUCUCAGGUGCUGACGGGCUUCUCGGGUGGCUGCACACUGAGCAGCCGAAAGGUAAAACACGAGGCAGUUUCUUUCUAGAUGAACCCGAUUCCCAGAAACUUAUAUUAGUGUGCAAUCGAUUUUGUGGAAUGAAUGGAAAGAGAUUGAUUGACCGGUGAUGAUGUAAACAGUUUAUUUUUGCAGAAUGUGGGAUUUGGGAAAGGAACAUUUUCACGAAUGAAUAAAAGAUUCUUUUUGAAGUCCA